AUGGCAGAGAAAAUCACUCGGCUCAAGAGUUUACUGACCUGCAGCGUGUGCACUGAGAUCUUCACGGACCCGGUGUCUUUGAGCUGUCACCACAGCUUCUGUUACAGAUGUCUCCAGGACUUCUGGGCCCAAGCUAAGAACAAGAACUGUCCCGUCUGUAAGAGGAAAAACUCAAAGGAUGUAGUCGUUAACUUUUCCCUCAUGGAGCUCGCUGACUCCUACGCUGGAAGACAGAGGUCUGCCCCCUCAGAAGAGGCCCAGGUGGUCUGCAAUGAGCACUUAAAGGAUAUCAAGUGGUUCUGUAAGGAGGAGCAGAGAGCUGUGUGUCAUGUGUGUGAGUUCCCUCACCACCAGGGUCACACGCUGGUUCCUCUAGAAGAACAAGUCCAGGAGCUGAAGCAGCAGCUGAGACAUGACCUCAGGGCUCUACAGGCCAGGAGGAGCAGACACCAGGAGCUGGAGGAGACGUAUGAGGCCAUGGUUCCUCACCUCAAGAAACAGCGGGUGAAGACCGAGAGGCGGAUCGGAGCAGAGUUUGAACAGCUUCACCGGUUCCUGAGUGAGGAAGAGGAGGCCAGAGUGAAGGCCCUGAGAGAGGAAGAGGAGCAGAAGAGGAAGAGGAUCCUCCUGGAGAGGAAGACCCUUCAGGAGCAGAUCCGGUCUCUCUCAGAGGGUCUCUCGGCUGUAGAAGCAGACCUGCAGAAGGACGGCCUGUCGUUCCUCAGCGCUUCCACGCGCUCCCGGACCAGCGCCAGAGCCCUGCUCUCCGGUUCUGAUCCCCAGCUGCUUCCUGGAGCGCUGCUGGACGAGGCCAAACACCUGGGAAACCUGGCCCACAGAGUCUGGGAGAAGAUGGGGCAGAGGACCACCUUCAGCCCCGUUACUCUGGACCCAAACACUGUAUCAGACUGCCUCUCUCUGUCUGAUGAUCUGACCAGCGUGAGAGUUAGCGAUGUAAUCCAGGAGGUUCCUAACAACCCAGAGAGGUUCACUUGGUACGCUGAGGUUCUGGGUUCUGAGGGCUUCAGCUCAGGGGAACACUGCUGGGAGGUGGAGGUGGGAGACCUUCCUAUCUGGAGAAUAGGUGUUGCUAAUGAGUCAGUGGGCAGGAGAGGAGAGCGUACUGCUUCACCAGCUAAUGGAAUCUGGUGUUUAUUCCACCGCAGUGGAAAGUACGCUCAGGGUACUGGUAAAACCCUGACAUUGAAGAGGACUCCAGAGAGGAUCAGAGUCCAGCUGGACUAUGAUGGAGGGGAGGUGUCCUUCUACGACCCUGAAGACAUGACUCUCAUCUACACCUAUCAACACACUUUCACUGACAGCAUCUUCCCUUAUUUUGGUAUUGGAGCAGCAGGUUUAGCCCGGACCAAAGAUGUUAGAGUGUGUGGUGACUCCUCACGCACUAAACCAUGUAAAUGA